AUGUUCGCCUACUACCUGGCUGGCUCGGAAUACAUUGUUAACCCUCUCCUGUUUGGCUGGGCCAACGUCAUCCUCUACACGUUCUGGGGUAUCGUGCUGUUCCCGGCCAACAAGGUGCCGUACUGGCGCGAUGGAUAUAUCAGCAUGUUUGUCGUUAUGACUGUCAUGUUUGGCCUGCUAUGGGUUGUGCUUUGGCUUGAUCGCCGCACUGCAAAGCAGUAUCCUGAUGCCGCCGCCUUUGAUACGGCCGAGGUUGUCGUGGCUACCGGGGACGAGAAGCCAGAGCAGGUCAAGAUCGUGCCCAAGGUCGAGCGCCCGUGGCUUCGGUACUGCGCCAAUCAAGACACGAGCACCGAAUGGAACCUAGAGAUCGACGAGGGGCUGGCCUUGGUCUGCAAGCAAGUGUACCAGGAGACGCAGCCAUGCAUCCGUGCUGCCCUGGACCUGCACGUGGUGUAUUCGCUGUCAGCGCCGCAACAGCUCGCACAGCUUCCCGAUAGAGAUCUCAGAAAGGACAUUCGGAAUGUCAUCUUCCACAUCGCGGCGCCCUCAGAACAGAUGCGCAUGUUCUGCUACGACAGGCCUCCGAAACGGCCUUUCAAGCUCCAUCGGUUCCCUAACCUCGACACUUUCACUGUCUGGGUACCUAUACACGUCCCCAUUCAGGAGCUCAUUCCGCCACCGUCGCGUACCGGGUCGUCCCGGCUAAGGACGACAUUCUACGACCUGAUGCCUGGUUGGCAAGAGAGCGAAGAAGCGUCGGAAGAGCAUCUGGAAAUGGCGUGUGCCACUUGUUGCGCAAUGAGGAAGAAGGAAAAAGCAGCGCUCUGGAGGAAUCGGUACGGUGCACAGGAACUCAUCGAUUUCGUGAGCCGCUUUGGACGGGGUGGCUGGCUCAGUCGCAUCGUAGAUCCGGAACGCCAUCCCGAGCCACUGACUCUGGAUCCGGACGACGACCCCGAGAACAUGGGGUCCGAGUGGGACGCGUACGACGAAGACGGAGAAGGGCAGUACGGCGAUGAUGUUGAUGAUGAUCCAAACAGGCUCGACAAACUCCGGGCUAUCGCUGCCAAUAUGCACGUCAUGAUUGAAUGUGAAUUCUGGGCAACACGACCAGGAGAAAACCACAAUGGGGACAUGACCAACAACGUCGAUGGUCGACCGGCACUUAGCAGUUUGACUAUAGAGGUCUACUACAGUAUUAAGCACACCGAUGCUGAAAGCUCCAGGCCGAAGCGGCGCCGGCUCAACUUCGCGUGCAACUACUGCCGCAGCCGCAAGACGCGGUGUUAUGAGGGCCACCCGUCGUGCCGGGCCUACACUGAUGCCGGCGUCGCCUGUGUCACGCAGGACAGAUAG